UGUUGUGAAAUCAGAUGAGUUUACAUUUGAGGAACACGCUGGACUUUGAUCUUGAAACAAAAAACAUCAUGGAGUCAAACCUGAACAGACUCUUAUACACCGUUGUCAUUCUGCUCGCUAUCCCAGCGUGCUUUGCGCUUUCAUCAGUGUUCCUGCAGAAGUCUGAUGCCAGUCGUGUGAUAACACAUCGCGUUCGGCGAGCAAACUCCUUCCUGGAGGAGCUGAAGCUGGGAGAUCUGGAAAGAGAGUGUCUGGAGGAGAUCUGCUCCUACGAGGAGGCCAGAGAGAUCUUCAGUGUCCCCGAGCAACUGGAGGACUUCUGGAGGAGAUAUACAGAACCAGAUCCGUGUCAGUCGAACCCUUGUCAGAACGGAGCUACGUGCGUUCAUCAGGUCAACACGUACAUCUGUAUAUGUACAGUCAAUUAUGAGGGGCGGAACUGUAACAAAGAAAUAUUUCCACACAGUUCCUACCGCUGUUUGUACAAGAACGGCGGCUGUGAUCAUUUCUGUACUGAGAUCAGUGAGUCCACGCGUGAGUGUGAAUGUGCACCAGGAUACAGACUGCAGGCAGAUAACACAAGCUGUGUGCCUGAAGACAUGUUCCCAUGUGGCAGGUUGAAAGAUGUGACUGUAGGGCCGAGGAUAAUAAAGGGUGACGUGUGUCCGAAAGGACAGUGUCCAUGGCAGGCUUUACUGGAGUACAAAGGAGAAUAUAAAUGUGGAGGUGUCAUUGUAGAUUCUCAGUGGAUUGCCACGGCAGCUCACUGUGUUUGGGGGAAGGAGACAUCCCAUCUACAAGUGACAGUCGGUGAACACAUCCGCUUGAAAGAAGAAGGAACUGAGCAGAUAAGGAAAGUGUCUAAAGUUUUGAUUCAUCCAUUCUACAAUCACUCCAUCACUGACUCUGACAUCGCUCUGCUGCAUCUGUUCAGCCCCGUCACGUUCGGCCCUUACGCUCUUCCUAUAUGCCUUCCGCCCGCUAACGGCACGUUUGCUCGCACAUUAGGAGCCAUUCGAAUGGCCAUGGUCAGUGGGUGGGGUCGCCUGGCUCAGUCUGGACCUUCAUCCAUGGUUCUUCAAAGGCUGGAGGUGCCAAAGGUCUCUUCAGAUGAGUGUAGGACCGAGUCGGGGCUGAAGAUCACAAGGAACAUGCUCUGUGCUGGUUUCACAGAAGGAGGACGAGACUCUUGUCAGGGUGACAGCGGAGGACCUCUGGUUACUCGUUAUAAAAACACCUGGUUUUUGACGGGCAUUGUGAGUUGGGGUAAAGGCUGUGCACACUCUGGUGUCUAUGGCAUCUACACACGCGUGUCUGUCUUUGUGAAUUGGAUUACGAAGACUGUGAAAACUGCAUGAGUUACAUGAGUUUCAUUUUUUUUUAUUAAAUGUAAAAUGUAUAAAGGUAAAAAAAUAAACAAUAAAAACAUUG